ACCAGCAGUCCAAACUGAACUGAUGUUUAUUUGAUGAAUGCGUUUGGUGGACAACCCGGGAUGCAUCACGCUCGUACCUAUAUGACGUCAUCAGGAAGAACGCUGACGGAAAAAUGGCUGCGUUUCGCUGUCGGCAGGACCCAUGCGGGUUUAUUUGUCUUCUUUUAACUUAUUUCAGCGUCUUUUACGCUGACUAUGUGGUGAUUCAGUAUGUCCUGAUCCCUGCGUAUUCUGGAAGUGUAUGGUGCACUCUCCAUGGAUCUAUGUUUAAUAUUAUUCUGUUACUGCUGCUGGCGUGCCACUCAAAAGCUGUGUUUUCUGACCCUGGUAUGGUUCCUUUACCCAAGACAGCCAUUGACUUCUCUGACUUGAGGUCCCAGUCUAACCACCUAAAUGACAGAGGCUGUGAGGGUUGGACAGUGUGCAGUCGCUGUGAGACGUACCGGCCUCCACGUGCCCAUCACUGCAGAGUUUGCCAGCGCUGCAUCAGGAGAAUGGACCACCAUUGCCCCUGGAUCAAUAACUGUGUUGGAGAGCUCAAUCAAAAAUACUUCAUUCAGUUCCUUUUCUACACAGGCAUGGCCAGCCUAUAUUCCAUGGCACUGGUGGUGUCGGCAUGGGUGUGGAGAAUAAGGAGUGAAAGAGAGGGAGAUGCAGAUAAAGAAGGCGAAGAAGCUCCCAGCAAGCACCUAAUUGUGGCACAUUAUAUAAUUCUGUUGGUGGAGUCGAUACUUUUUGGAGUUUUCGUCUUGGUGAUAUUUUAUGACCAGCUGGUGUCCAUUGUAACCGAUGAGACACCCAUCGAACAAAUGAGGAACAGACUAAUGAAAGACAAACCCAACAACACCCAACCACCACACCUAACACACACAAGAAAGCCAAAAAUUGCAUUGCUAAAAGAGGUGUUUGGACGUGGAUCUAUGAUAUGUUGGCUGUUGCCGCUCCAUUCCACCCCUCCCUCUGUUGAUGGCAUCAGUUAUACAGCACUUCCUGAUUAUAAUGUGUAAUGCUGACCAGUUUGUCAUCAGUUCCUUUGAAUGUUUUAUCAGUAUCACAUCAUGUUUAGGACACUGUGAAUAUUGUGUAACUGAGGUUUAGAUUUAGUACGGUACAUUUGCUAUGAUGAAGGAAAAGGGAGAUUUAUUUGAAGAGUGCUGCUAUGAUUGACGCUGACUACCACCCCUUGGGUCACGAGUUCGAAUCCAGGGCGUGAUGAGUGACUCCAGCCAGGUCUCCUUAGCAAUCAAAUUGGCCCGGUUGCUAGGGAGGGUAGAGUCACAUGGGGUAACCUCCGCAUGGUCGCUAUAAUGUGUGGUUCUCGCUCUCAGUGGGGCACAUGGUUAGUUGUGCGUGGAUGCUGUGGAGAAUAGAGUCGGCCUCCACACGCGCUACGUCUCCGCGGGUAACGCGCUCAACAAGCCACGUGAUAAGAUGUGCGGAUUGACGGUCUCAUACGCGGAGGCAACUGAGAUUUGUCUCAUUUGUCCACGAGGACUUAGAGUGCAUUUGGAAUUGGGCAUUCCAAAUUGGGAAGAAAAUUAAAAAAUAUAUAUAUAUUUAUUUUAAAUAGUGCUGCUGUGUGUGUUUUUGUACACUACUAGGCUACUUUUCCUUACUGGUUCUUGAACACAAAAACUCAAGGGACUUUGCAGGACAAAGGUUACAACAUAUCUGCAGUCCCCCUACAUUAUUAAAAGUAUCUUAAUCUGUAACCAGUUUACAUUAAUUUUCACAUGAUCAUGCUUGCACAAGGUCAGAUGUGUGAGUUUUUAUUUAAUCUCAUUCAUUCUGUAUUUGUCAUUGUGUGUGUUUAAUUUCAGUCUGUUUGAGUACAUGGACUGUACUCCAUUUUACAUAUGGAUUGUAUAUAAAGAUAAAUUUUAUAACUUUCAGAUGAAGUGUUACUGCAUUUUCAGGGUACUGGACAACUUUUAUGCUUAAAUGCUUUUAUGUUACUGGCUUUUGCUGUGUAUUGACAGCUUAAGGGAUGUGUGUACAUAACAGAUAAAUCGUGUACAUUGAUAAUGUUUGCAUUGAUAUUUAUUGUAAUUUAUUUGUGAAUUUCUGUUUCUAAAUGCUGCUCUGAUUUUAUGUGAAAUAAAGGACAUCUUUUUACAUUUUGGCUUUUUUCUCUUAAAGUAAUAUUCCAGGUUCAGCACAAGUUAAGCUCAAUCAACAGCAUUUGUUACAUAAUAUUGAAUACCACAAAAAAUAAUUGUAAUUUUCAAAAAAAUAAUUAGCAAAAAUCGAGAUACUAGUAAUGCACUUUCAAUGGAAGUGAAUGGGGGCGACUUUUGGAGGGUUAAAACAGAUAUGUGAAGCUUAUAAUUUUAUAAAAGCACUUACAAUUAAUUAUUCUAUUGAAACUCAUUAUUUGAGCUGUAAAGUUGUUUAAAUAAUAAUUUUUACAGUUGUUUUAGGGUCCCCCAAGCAAUCAGACUUCUGAACUCUUGAUCUCCCACAAUCAAAUACAUCAUUACUGCACUUUAUUACCCUUACUCUUAUAUCUCACACCGGACUGUCAUAAAUUAUAUUAUUAUUAUAUUAUAUUCUUUCUUAACAACUGACUAUCAACUGACAGCCUGAAUAUCAAUACAGUACAA